ACAAGUUCAAAAAAAGAAGAAGCUUUUUACAGCCGAGCCAGCUUGGCUCGGCAUCCACCAGGUCGCGCCGGCGCCGCGCAGAUCCGCCCGCGCCCGUGCUGUCUGGUUAAACUCCGGGCGACGGCGACGGGCGAACAAGGACGCAGCCGGGAUUGGACCCCCCCCAUCGACGGGGGCAGCCCGCAGCCCAUCGGUUUCGCCGACCGGCGCCUCGUUCGUAUCGACUCCACUCCUCCCUCCUCUCAAGCACCCGCAGGCCGCCGCCCGCUAUAAACUGGACUAGGCCCGUGGAUGCGGCACCGCCUGCUCCGCCGCGCGAUGCCGAUCCCUCCGCCGCCGCAAUCUCCCCGGACGCCGGGGGUCGCCGGCGGGCGUCUCUUCGCUUCGCUCCCGCUGCCGCCGCCGCUCCAGUCUCGAAGAGAGGUGCAUGUUUGGUAUCUUUUGCCUGAUGAGUUGAAUGAUGCCUCCCUACUGAAGAUGUACACGGAGCUCCUUUCCCCUUCUGAAAGGAAGACUGCUUUGUCAAUGAACGGGGAAAAGUUGCAGAAAGGUGCUGUGCUGUCCCGUGCACUGGUGCGCACCACCCUCUCGAGAUAUACAGAUUGUAAAGUUGAUCCAAGAUCAUUUGAGUUUAAGAAAAACAAGUUUGGCAAACCUGAGAUACUGUGGCAAUCUGAUGACAGCAGGAUGGAAUGGCCUUUGCAUUUCAAUAUUUCACACACAUCUUCUUUGAUUGCCUGUGGCAUAACCAUGGAUGCUCCUAUUGGCAUUGAUGUUGAAGACAAGAAACGAAAGACAGCCAAGAAUAUUCUAUCUCUUGCUCGCCGUUAUUUCACCCCAUCUGAAAUUGAUUAUCUAGCUAAAAUUCCAGAUCCUGAUGGUCAGCAAAAGGAGUUCAUAAAACUAUGGACUCUUAAAGAAGCAUAUGUAAAAGCUCUCGGAAGGGGGUUUUCAGGCGCUCCUUUCAACAAAUUCUCGAUCAUCUUGGCAGCAAAUAACAGAAUCAAAAUUUCUGUGGCACCAAAAGCAUUCAAUGAUUCUGACUCUAGCUGUGACUGUCUGUCCGAGAAUUGGCAAUUUGCAGUUGCUGAGCUAAAUAGUUCUCAUUACAUGGCAAUCUGUACAGAGGAUGACUCAACAAGUUCAGAUUCUGGAAACGGCAGACUGCCACUAGGAUUGAAAGUAUGGAAGACCAUUCCAUUCGUUGAAGAUAUACUUGUUUCGGGAACAGAAGCUGUAAAACUUGUCAGUUGAGUAUGUGAGAGGAUCUGCUAUUGGUCUAUUAAUGAUUUCACCAGAUGACACAUUGUGGUGCAACGAAUAUAUUUGGACAAAGUAUGCAUGGAGACUGAACAUUCUUGGAGCAUAUAUUCAUCAACUGACCACUGACACUGUGCUCUAAUUAAGCCUUGGGAAAUGCAAUGGCAUAUACUCUUAUGUUCAGAUUAGCUUAUCACGACACUGUUUCGAAAGGAAUAAACAGGUUUCUUUUUUGCCAUUUCAGACGUAUUUUUGGCUGAUUUGUCCAUGAUGUGUAUGUGACGGAUCAUCGAAAGAAACUUCAUGCAUGUGUAUGCUGUUUUUUUUUUAUUUAUUUAUUUAUUACAGAGCUUAUUAUUA